CAAGACAAUGCGAUAGAAACGCGCGGAAGAACAAACGCGCGGAAAUACCAAUGCUGAAGAGAUAUCUGCCUGCGUAUCAAACGCCAGAGUUAAUGGAGGAGCUGAAGGAGCACGAUAGAAUGAGAUUGAUUCGAGAACGCGAAGAAGGCGCGAGAAGGCGGACAGCUCGGAGCGCUCCUCGAGAUACGACGGACUCGCCGCCGUCGCCGUUCAGCACGAAAUCGAGAGAACGCGAUGCUUGGGUUUCCGUGGCUCCGACGAGACUGACCGACGGAAAUUCAUUCGGACGGAGCGUUCGUUCACUUCCGUAUCAAGAAACGCAAACCUUUAAGGAUGUACUACGUGAGUUUCGAGACAAGGUGACGACCGAGGAAGCUUCCGGCCGACGGCCUCCGGUAUCUCGGUUAUCUCGGCGCACGGCGUACGAACGUAAAGGCUCGAAACAAUUAUUUCCCUCCGAAAGCGGAAGUCGUGGAGAAGUUGCAACGACGUCAGACUUUGACGAAGUUGUUAACAGACUUCAGCCAGUGUAUGAAUAAAUACGAGGAAACGUGCGAUGCAAGCGACUGUAAGGAGGGAUAAAGAUUUCAGGGCGAAUCGCUCAGUAUCGUUGUCGCGCAAUGUUCGCAAUCUUUGCGAGAAUCGUCAGAUUUAGUGUUUCGGCCGUGGCCGAUGAGAAUAACGCACAGAUGAUAAUAACGAUAUUAUUCCGCAAUAAAUAUGUAAUUAAUAUGCAAGUUGGAAGGAACCACAUGUUGAAACGAUAACGAUCUGCAAUUGUUAAUAUCACAAAAUAAAAAGAUGAUUAGUCUAAUGGGGGCAUAUUCUUUCAAGUCAAAUCUAAUGGAGAAAACCACUCUCUCACGUACACUCUUAUAUACGUGUGUGAGUGUAUCAUAUAUCAAAUGCUAAAUAUUUGUCGGCAUAAAUGUCGUUUUAAAAAACUUGGUAUCAUACGAUUGCGUGCGGGCAAAAUAUGUAGUUAGUUUCGCUGACGUAUCUCUCUCUCUCUCUCUCUCUCUCUCUCUCUCUCUCUCUCUCUCUCUCUCUCUGAAAACAACCGCAAUGACCGGCUCAGAAUCAGAGGCAAACAACCGAUUCGUUAUCGUCAGUGCUGACCGUUGCGACGCCGACAUUCGAGAGAUUUAUUAUUAAUGUACCGGAUCCGCAGGUCGGCACGGGUCAAGGUUAUCGUGUUAAAAUUGAACCGUCGAGAUGCAGCGGGGGAUAGAUAGUUUCUCAGGUAAAUUAUGGUAUAUACACGUCAGAUGCAAUCAUCAGAUAUGUAAACCGAUAAUACGAUAAUACGAUAAUACGAUCUUCUUCUUAGCUGUAAGCCGUUUUCUCUGUAGUCAAGAUUUGGGACAAUCGGUUCCGUCAUUUCUCUUCUGCUUUUCUUCUUUCUUUUUUCUUUUCUUUUUUUUUUCUUUUUGUGAAAACUUGCAUUUUCUCUGUUCACUAUU